UACUUGCUAACAGCUGCCGUCUAACGACAGAGCGGAGGAUGGAGAAAGUGACACCUAAAAGAGUUUUUAUCAACAACAUAGACUCUUACGCUUCCAAAUGUGUUGCCAAGUUUCUGUGUGAGUGUGUGGUGGGAGCAGCUGUGGAUCCUGAUGCAGUGACUGAGGAAGAGGAGGAGAGGAAACCCCACAGCGGGGCGCCAGCGUUUCAGGUUGUUGGGACAGUUUCUGACAUGUGUGACGAGGACAGACCUCAUGUCCUGGAGGAGUAUAAGCACCUGAACAGGGAGGAGCUGCUUUCAAAGCUGAUGGACUGUGACGUUGUCAUCUACAACAUUACCCAGCAUGCCGAGCAGCUGGAGGAGGCCUGCUGGGCUGCUUCAGCACUCCACAAUGAAAUGGAACGUUUUUCUAGAGCGAAGAUGUUCAUCCUGGUCUCCACGGUGAUGACCUGGGCCUGCAGCAAGCCAGUGGAUCCUGAUGUUCCCUUCACUGAUGAGAUCUUCUGGAGAAGAAGAGCACAUCCCAACUUCAAACAGCACAUCGACCUGGAGAAGAGGGUGGUCAAAAUGGGAAAAACUAACAGAACAAUGUUCUCGACGUACGUGGUGGCUUCAGGACUUCAGUACGGGCUGGGAGAGCAGCUCUUCCACUUCUUCUUCAAGACGUCGUGGCUGGGACAAGAACAGGAGAUACCUGUUUUUGGAGACGGGAGCAACAUCGUCCCCACAAUUCACAUUAGGGACCUGGCGAGUGUGAUUCAGAAUGUGAUUGAACAUCAGCCCAAGCCGUAUUACCUGCUGGCUGUGGACUCGUCCAACAACACCAUGGAGGAGAUACUGAAGGCAGUUUCCUCUUCACUUGGACCAGGGAGGAUCCAGAAGAGGCCGUUUGAGGAAGCCUACCUCACACAGGAACUGAGUGUCAUGGAAAUGGAUUCCUUGCUGGUCAACCUGCGUAUGGAGGCGGUCCACCUGAAGGAGCUGUUCUCCAUCAAUUGGCUGUGUGAGUCAGGUCUGGUGGAGAACAUGGAGCUGGUGGUGGAGGAGUAUCAGCAGAGCAGGGGACUACUGCCCAUCCGUGUGUGUGUGCUGGGUCCUCCUGCGGUGGGGAAGAGCUUGGUGUCCAGACAGAUCUGUGAACACUAUAAACUCCAUCACAUCACACUGAAGGACACCAUCUCUCAAACCAUCGCACAACUGGAGGAUACUGUGAGGAACGUUGAUCCAGAUGCUGAUAAUGAGGACUCUGCAGCCGAGGCUAAAGAGCUGCUGGGCAGCCUGAAGGAGAGCAUGGAGAAGAAUGGAGGUCUUCUGGAGGACCAUCUGCUGGUGAAGGUGGUGAAGGACAGGCUGAUGUCCAACCCGUGCAGGAACCAGGGCUUUGUUCUCGAUGGCUUUCCAAAGACAUAUGAACAAGCUAAAGAGCUCUUCUACUCUGAAGAACAGGAAUCAGAAGACGGAACAUCCCAGAUUUCUUCAUUCAGCAGGAAGAUUAUGCCAGAGUGUGUGCUGAGUCUGGAUGCGUCGGAUGUGUUCCUUAAGGAGCGGGUGAUGAACCUGCCUGAGAGGCUGGUGCAGGAGCACAGCUACGAGCAGGAGCACUUCCUGCUCCGCCUGGACAGACACAGAGAGAACAACAUGGAGGAUGAGAGUGUGGGGAACUACUUUGAUGAGCUGGACACCACCCCUCUGUACCUGGAGAUCAGCAGCAGCGAGGAGCCGGACUGCCUGCUGCUGAUGCAGAAGAUCCUGGACACACUGGGCCAGCCCAGGAACUACGGCCCCAGCUGCAGGGAGGUGGAGGAAGAGGAGAGGAGGAAGGCUGAGGAGAGGAUGAAGAGAGAGGAGCAGGAGAGGGCGGAGCAGGAGAGGAGGGAGGAGGAGGAGGCCACACACAGGGCUGCAAGCUGGGACCAGUGGACGGGGGGUCUGAAGGAGAUGAGGCAGCAGGAGGAGGAGCUGCUGGAGGUCCUGUCCGUCCCCAUGACGAUCUACCUGAUGGAGCACGUCAUGCCCACCCUGACCCAGGGCCUGGUGGAGUGCUGCACCGCCCACCCUCAGGAUCCCGUGGACUUCCUGGCGGACUUCUUGAUCAGGAACAAUCCCUUUAACUACUGAAGGUUGAGAUCAUUUCUUCUCUUUGGAUCUACACUUAAUGCAAAUACAAAACACAAAAACUGAAAUGAAAUCUUUUUUUCUCUAAGCUUCCUGAGCUCUUUAAUAAAGGACAGAGUGAAGUCAAUAACAUGCAGCAUUUGUGCGGAGGAGGACCUUGUGGAGUUUUUUUCUCGCAGUAUUUGAGCCAUCAAAUGUCCCCUGGUGCAUGCUGGGAUUUUGAUUUGGUCUGAUUGUAAGCGGGCCAUUCUGCUGCCCCUGUUGUAUUUACACACAGCUCUGUUUGGGCUCUAAUGUGCCGGCCAUUACUUAAAAGCACCCUAAAAAAGCGGAUGAAAGUGAGUAUGAAGCCAAAAGCUAAUUAGGAAGUUAAUUUGCGUAAUGAACUCGGUAAACUCCGAAGUAGACACGCUCGGGUCAUAAUUGCUUUGAUUUGGCUUCUGAUAUCCAGGAAGGAUAAAUGUUACAAAUGCCAGCUAAUUUGUGUCUCUCUCAUGUUGCCACUCACGACUCCAAAGUGUACAUAAUUGGUUGCGACGGAACAGCAAAUUAUUUCAUUGUACAUACUUAAUCACCACGCGGGGAAAUUAGUGGAGUUUAUUCCGGAAACAUUGUGACGCAAGCCGCUGCGAGACAAUUUCACCGCACCAUCUGUGAGUCCCUCAAACACAACAUGCAGACUUUCUGAGAGGGACA